AUGAGAAAGCAGGCUAGAGAGUUUGAUAAAGCCAUACGCAAGCUGCUGGCCGAAACGCACGUGCGAUUCGGACACAGCUGCGUGGCAAGAUUGUAUGUUAAUAAAGAACAUGGUAGACUGGGAUUAAAGUCUGUGAAGGACGAGAUGGAACACACCAUUGUAUAUACAUGGUGCUAUCUAGCAUUCCAUCCAGACUUCCAGGUACCCUACCAUCCAUGUGAAAGUUUAAAAAGCAGCAGCAAGCGAUCACUCAUCUCUGACUUCCUUUCUGUUAUAACAGAAAGCAGAUUGGAGAAUCAAAUAACUCGCCCUACUCAGUCUACCAUUUGUGUGAGGAAAAAAAUUCACGUGACAGCUACAAGUGUUGUACGUGCAAUGUCGACCCUCGCUCAUGAACGAUGGGCGAAUACACGAAUGCAUGAAUGGUUGCAGAGGCAGGUAGCGAGUCGAGUGUUAAGUAGCAAUGAGAACACUGGACUCCCGUUCGUCUAUCACAAGGAUUCGUUCCUGUGGUCGCAGACAGGAUGGGUGUCCUCGACAGUGUUGCGAAACGCGUGGGCUGCACAAGAAGGUCCGUUGUCAAAGGCAGUGCGUCAGGCCAAUCAAUAA